AAGUUAUUUAUGGUGAUACAGAUUCUGUUAUGAUUAAAUUUGGUGUUAAAACAUUAGAAGAAGCUAUGGAACUUGGUCGUUUAGCUGCAACAUUUGUUUCAUCACAUUUUAUAUCACCAAUUAAACUUGAAUUUGAGAAAUGUUAUUAUCCAUAUUUAUUAAUCAAUAAAAAACGUUAUGCUGGCCUUUAUUUUACACGUCCUGAGAAAUAUGAUAAAAUGGAUUGUAAAGGUAUUGAAACUGUACGACGUGAUAACUGUGAACUUGUUGCUAGUUUAAUUACAACAUGUUUAGAAAAGUUACUUAUUGAAAGAGAUCCAAAUGGUGCUGUUGAAUAUGUUAAAACUGUUAUUUCUGAUUUAUUAUGUAAUCGAAUUGAUAUUUCACAAUUAGUUAUAAGCAAAGAAUUAACAAAAACUGAUGCGGAAUAUUCGAAUAAACAACCACAUGCUGAAUUAGCAAAUAAAAUGCGUAAACGUGAUCCUGGUAGUGCACCUAAUUUAGGUGAUCGAGUUCCGUAUGUUAUUAUACCAGGAACAAAAAAUCAACCGGCUUCUGAACGAGCUGAAGAUCCAGUAUAUGUCUUAGAUAAUAAUGUUCCAAUUGAUACAAAAUAUUAUCUUGAACAACAAAUAUCUAAACCAUUGCUACGUAUAUUUGAACCUAUCUUAGGUGAUUCAAAAGCUGAAUCAAUACUUUUACGUGGUGAACAUACGACAGUUAAAACAGUAGUAACAUCAAAAGUUGGAGGUUUAGCAGGUUUCAUAACAAAGAAAGAUAAAUGUAUUGGAUGUAAAACUGUAUUACAAGAACAAGGCACUGCACUUUGUUCAUAUUGUAAAGCAAAAGAAGGUGAUUAUUAUCAAAAAGAAGUCGAAACAUUACAAGAAUUAGAAGAAAAAUUUACCCGUUUAUGGACAGAAUGUCAACGAUGUCAAGGUGCAAGACUUGAAGAUGUUCUUUGCACAAAUCGUGAUUGUUCCAUAUUUUACAUGCGUCGUAAAGUUCAAAAAGAUCUCGGUGAUCAAACUCGUAUUAUUUCACGUUUUUCUGUUCCUGCUCUCAAUUGGUAA